CGAGUGGGAGACGAGCCGCACGAGGCCCGACGCGGCGAGCAGUGCGGCGGGCGUGUUUGGCGGCUUGAUGCUCGGCGCUACUGCCCUCGCAGGACCCGCCUCGCCGUCCGGGACGAGGGUCGCUCCCCUCCCGACCCGUCCGGGCUACAACUUGUCGCGCUACUCGGCGCCCAACGUCAACGAGUCGUCGCGAGCGUCGGCCAAGCCCUCCUCGAUCGCCCUCCCACCCUCGCCCGCCGUCGCUCCUUCUCGACGCACCCUCUCCCCACCACCCUCAACCCGCCUCUCGCCGCCGCACUCGCCCGGCGUCAUGCUCAGAGCUUCACCGACGCCGAGCCGCAAGAGCUUGAGCGACAUGGUGCGCGAGGAGGAGGAGAAGGACCAGGGCGAGCCGACGUUGAGGGAGAGGAGGCGGCAGGGCAGGAGGGCGCGGCGGCGGCGCAAGGCGCGCGAGAAGGAGCUCAAGCGGCGGCGCGUCUUUAUCAAGGAGCACGUCGCGGCCAUCCUCGAGCGGCAGCAGUUCAUCCUCAAGCUCGCGAGGGCGUUCAUGAUGUUUGGCGCGCCGUCGCACCGCCUCGAAGCGCAGAUCCAGGCGACGGCGAGGGUCCUCGAGCUGCCGCACUGCACGGCCAUGUACCUCCCGGGCGUCCUCCUCGUCAACUUUGGCGACCCCGCGACGUGCACCUCGGACAUCAAGUUCCUCAAGCAGGCUGCAGGCCUCGAUCUCGGCAAGCUCAAGGCGUCGUACUACGUCUACAACAAGGUCAUCCGCGACAAGGUCUCGGUCGCCGACGCGGCCACCCAGCUCGACGACUUGAUGACCUCGCCGCCCAAGUACAGCCUCGUCAAGAACGCCGUCAUCGGCGGACUCGCCGGCGCCUUCAUCAUGCCUUCAGCCUUCAACGGCAGCUUCAUCGAUUGCCUCGCCGCCAUCCCGCUCGGCAGCCUCCUCGUCAUCGUCCAGGUCCUCCUCGCCCGCAACGACAUGUACUCGUCCCUGUUCGAGAUCGUCAUCGCGUGCGUCAACGCCAUGGUCGCGGGCGCCUUGACGCGCACGAACCAGUUCUGCUUCUACGCCGUCGCGAGCGGGUCUAUCGUCCUCAUCCUGCCCGGCUUCAUCACGUUGUGCGCCGCCCUCGAGCUCGCCAACCGGUCUAUAACGUCGGGCGCGGUCCGCCUCACGUACGCGGCGCUGUACUGCCUGUUCCUCGGGUUCGGCCUGUCGCUCGGCGCCGAGAUCUACGUGCGCGUCGCCCGGUCCGAGAUCAUCAACGGCGCCGACUACACGUGCUCGUACCUGCGCGACGGCGCGCCGUGGUGGCGGCAAAACAUCCCCAAAUGGUGGUACUUCUUGACGAUCCCGUCGUUCCUCCUCUGCAUGGCGCUCAAGAAUGGGCAGCCGCUGUUCCGCCGCGACACGCUCGCCAUGGUCGUCAUCGGUAGCGCAGGCUUCUCGGCCAACUUCUUCUCUGGGUGGGAGUUCAAGAACCAGCCCGCGCUCACCUCGUUCAUCGGCUCGUUCGUCGCCGGCAUCCUCGGCAACACCUGGAGCCGCCUCACGCGCGAGUCUGCCUUCGUCGUCAUGAUCGUCGGCAUCUUUGUCCAACUCCCGAGCGGGCUGGCCAACGGCGGCCUCUUGCGCUUCGCGGCCGACUCGUCGAGCAACGGCCAAGGUUACGGCACCGCCAUCGACGCGGCGGCGGGCUUGAUCACGAUCGUCAUCGGCAUGACGGUCGGCCUGUUCCUCGCCGCCGCCGUCAUGAACCUCUUGUCUCGCCGAGGCAGGCGAAGAGGAGCACACCUGUCGACCUUCUGAGCGUGCUCCCUGCUCCUCCCCCCUUGUCAUUCCCUCGCAUUCUCUCCUCUCUGUGCGUCAGUACACUCGUCGUCUGUUGGACCUUUAGACCUGCACCACUUUUUAUCGUAGAAGCCUCGCCGUAGAAGACUAUCCCUGCAUCUCGCACGUUCCCUGCC